AUGCAGCUUCCGCCGGACGUCUGGCUCGUGAUCUUGGAGCAGGCAAAUAUUUCCUUCUGCAGGCAACGACGCUGUGCUGUCGCUAACUCGCCGUUACGUCAGCUCAUCCUCGUUGAGAAGAAUGUCGAAGAGGAGCCCGGGUGGUACCCAUCCAGAGGCCCCCAUGGAUCGGCUCGCUGGAGAGACUUCACCGUCAGUAGCCGCAAGGGGGCUGCUUAUGUUGGGCGAUACGAAGGUCACGAUAUCGAACUUCCACGACUGUUAGCCUUGCGUUCAGUGUGCAAACUAUGGCGCUCGUUGGUCUCCAGGCUGCUCCGGGAUCUUCAGAUGUGGGAUGUCAGUAUCGAUGACAUCGAUCUAAAGAACGCGCAAGGGAUUGAUUUCAUCGGGAAUCUGAACGUCAUCGCAGACGAGCAUUGGCCUGCCAGGAGCCAAGAUCGUUUGCGUUACGCCAAGCUGAUUGACGACGAACAACUACGCAGGCGCGAAGCCCAAUCGAGACGCUUCCAGGAUGCCAAGACGAAAGGAUUUCCUGAAUUACGUCGAUUGUUCGACAGUAUCCAGGCUGUGAAGGAAUUGGCCGUCGCCUUUGCAGACCCUACUGAGUGGAGGUGGCGGCCGUCCACGUCUCGAAGGCCUUACGACUUGGAAGGCAUCAUGGCCGCGUCUCAUACAAUUCGAGACAGCUUACCAGGGCCGACAUUUCAGAACCUCGUGGAACUAGAUCUCGAUGUGCCGAGCACCUUCUUCGUCGGUGAACUCACCGCAUCGAUGUCCAAGGAAGCCCGGAGCCGUCUCAAACGAUUGCGCCUUGAGUUUGUGGACCGAACAGGACCUGGUGGUGAUUAUUGGCCCCCGUUCGCCGGACAAGCCCGGGAAGACCCCAGCGCCGUCCAAAUUGCCUACCCGAACCAAGACCACCAGGAUGUGGUAUGGGAGUUUGUGGGAUCCUGCAAGAAUCUGGAGUCUCUAUGCAUCAUCGCAUCUCAUGUUCUCGACCUCGACCGACUACGCUGGGAGCCAGGGAUUGAUCACACAGGGCUGACACACAUCUAUCUUGAGCGACUUCGGACAAGCAUAAGCACACUCAAGAAGCUUACGAGGGCCUCUCCGAGGGCGUCAAGGGAGUCUGCAACAAGAAACGUCUUUCUCCACUGCAUCGAAAUUGUUUCGGAGGGUGGGUAUUGGCAAGACCUAUUCCAACACUUCAGGGACUCCUGUCCCGACCUCGAAUAUCUCUAUGCGACGGAGUUGCACUACUCGCUAGACCAUAGCUCAUGGGCACCGAAGCGAGACAUUGGUCCUCAAAUUUAUGACAUAUGGUCAAAUUAUGACGGCGAGUUGAAGGCCAUACGGGAUCUCCAAAAGGAUCUGCGCGAAAAGUAUCCCGAUUAUCCCGACAAGCCUAUAGAUUUCGAAGUUGUAUCACCCAGAUCAGAUUUGGACGAGAUGGAGGAGGAGUUGGUGGAGUAG